CAAAUUCCAUGCGGUUUUUCGAGCUAUCAGUGAAACAAAAGAAUGUGUUACUUGGUUUUGAGGCUAACACAGAGCAAAACAGAACUCGAAAUCGGAGUAUUAUCAGGCGACACGAGUUUGGUUCGAGUACAAAUACAAAAAAACAAACAAACAAACAAUCAAAAAAACCCCACACAUACACAAACAAACAAACAAAAACAGCAAAUCAACUGAACAAAUAGACAAAAAAAAAAACAAAAAAAAAACAAACAAACUAUAUUUGCAUAUUUCAAAUACCUACAAUAAUUUUGAAAUAAAUAUUGAAUAAAAUAUAAAUAUAUAAAUGAUUGAAUAUACGUUUUGUGUGCGUGUUGUGAUUAAGGGCUAAAUGAACUGUAAAGUUUUCUAGUUAGCUUUUAGAAAGGUAUAAAAAAAUGAAUAAAAGUGGAACAAAAUUCAACUUAAAUAUACUAAAUGAGUUCAUCUUAAUUAAAAGUUGAAGAAAAUCUUUACUUCCUUUCACAGAUAGAGUGCAAAAAUAGAAAAAAACAAAAUGAAUCGAAUGCAACAUUAAAUAUCCCACCCACCCUUCCCUUAAACAAAACUACCAAAACAUGUCACGAACUUUGCAAUGUCACGCAAGGUUUUGGACCGUAACACGUGCAUGACCUUCGAGGUGUCCAUGACCUUCGAGAGGUCUGUGGUCGCGAAGAAGUACCCUGCAAAUAAGGCAGUUUUUUGACAUCAGCGAUGAGCGAUGGAGAUCAUCUUUAAAGGAAAGCGGGCCCUUGUUACAGGGGCAGGGAAAGGUAUUGGUAGAACUGCAGCCAAGGCCUUAGCACAAUGUGGAGCCGAGGUUAUUGCAUUGGCAAGGACACAAGCUGACCUGGACACCCUUGUAAAGGAGGUGCCAUCCAUCAAGCCCUUAUGUGUCGACCUAUGUAACAUUCAAGAAGCAGUAAAAGCCAUUGAAGAACAAGAUGACAUCCAUCUUCUCGUCAAUAAUGCUGGUGUUCUCAUUCAAAGCCCAUUUCUGGAUAUCACAGAAGAGCAAUUUGACAAGGUUAAUUCUAUCAAUAUGAAAGGCGCUCUAUUUGUCGCCCAGGCAGUUGCUCGUAAGAUGGUUUCUGGUGGGUUUGGUGGCGCUAUUGUCAAUGUGUCUAGUCGUUCAAGCAUAAGAGCUUCUUCAAAUAAUGGUAUUUAUGGCCCCUUAAAAGCUUCAUUAGACAUGUUAACUAAAGUAAUGGCACUAGAACUUGGACCACACAAGAUCAGAGUAAAUUCUGUUAAUCCAACCUUUGUGAAUGAGACAAGGAUGGCUGACCAAGGAUUAGGAAGGCUAACACCAGAUGAAAGACAAGCUAAAAUAAACACACUGCCUCUUGGAAAAUACCCAGAAAAAGAAGAUGUUGUCAACGCCAUUUUGUAUCUCCUGAGUGACAAAGCAGCUAUGGUUAAUGGUGUUAAUUUAUUGGUCGAUGCCGGGCCUUUUGGCCGCUAGACUUUUAGUUAUUUUGUUACGAAUGAAAGAAAGAUGAGUGGAUGGAUGAGCAAACUAAAUAUCAAGACGCAUUUUGAAAAGAA